AUGGCCUCCGGUGGGUAUAGCCCAUAUAUAGAGAUAAUUGAACAACCCAGGCAGAGGGGAAUGCGUUUUAGAUACAAAUGUGAAGGGCGAUCAGCAGGCAGCAUUCCAGGGGAGCACAGCACAGACAACAACCGAACGUACCCGUCUAUCCAGAUUAUGAACUAUUAUGGAAAAGGAAAAGUGAGAAUUACAUUAGUAACAAAGAAUGACCCAUAUAAACCUCAUCCUCAUGAUUUAGUUGGAAAAGACUGUAGAGAUGGCUACUAUGAAGCAGAAUUUGGACAAGAACGCAGACCUUUGUUUUUUCAAAAUUUGGGUAUUCGAUGUGUAAAGAAAAAAGAAGUAAAAGAAGCUAUUAUUUCAAGAAUAAGAGCAGGAAUCAAUCCUUUCAGUGUUCCUGAACCACAGCUGCUUGAUAUUGAAGAUUGUGACCUCAAUGUGGUGAGACUAUGUUUUCAAGUUUUCCUCCCUGAUGAACAUGGUAAUUUGACAACUGCUCUUCCUCCUGUUGUCUCUAACCCAAUUUAUGACAAUCGUGCUCCAAAUACUGCUGAAUUAAGGAUUUGUCGUGUAAACAAGAAUUGUGGAAGUGUCAGAGGAGGAGAUGAAAUAUUUCUACUUUGUGACAAAGUUCAGAAAGAUGACAUAGAAGUUCGUUUUGUGUUGAAUGAUUGGGAAGCAAAAGGUAUCUUUUCACAAGCUGAUGUACACCGUCAAGUAGCCAUUGUUUUCAAGACUCCACCAUAUUGCAAAGCUAUAACAGAACCAGUGACAGUAAAAAUGCAGCUGCGGAGACCUUCUGACCAGGAAGUUAGUGAAUCUAUGGAUUUUAGAUAUCUACCAGAUGAAAAAGAUACCUAUGGCAAUAAAUCAAAGAAACAAAAAACAAGUCUACUUUUCCAGAAAUUAUGGCAGGAUUGUGUUAAUUUUCCUGAGAGACCAAGACAUGGCCUAGGAUCAACUGGAGAAGGAAGAUUCAUCAAAAAAGAAUCAAAUGUGUUUUCUCAUGGGACAGCUUUGACAGAAAUGCCCAGACCUUCAGGAGUUCCAAGUCAAGCAUCCUACUAUUCCUCACCUGUGUCCAUCUCAAGUGGACUGUCACAUCAUGCUUCAGCCAUACCCUCAGUGGUACCUCAGCCUUCUUCAAGCUGGUCAUCAAUGGCCCACCCCACCUCACGCUCAGGCAAUACAAACCCACUGAGUACUUUUUCAACAGGGACACUUUCCUCUAAUUCACAAGGUAUCCCAUCAUUCCUGGAAAUACCUGUUGUGAGUGAUUUAAAUUCUUCUAAUGCUUGUAUUUAUAACAACACUGAUGACAUAAGCAGAAUGGAAGCAUCACCCAUGUCACCAGCUGACUUAUAUGGCAUUUCUGAUGCCAACAUGCUGCCUAAUUGCCCUGUGAAUAUGAUGCCACCCAGCAGUGAUAGCAUGGGGGAGAAUGAUAAUCCAAGACUUGUGAUCAUGAAUCUUGAAAACCCCUCUUGUAAUUCAGUGUUAGACCCAAGAGACUUGAGACAGCUCCAUCAGAUGUCCUCUUCCAGUAUGUCAGCAGGUGUCAAUUCCAAUACUACUGUUUUUGUUUCACAGUCAGAUGCAUUUGAGGGAUCUGACUUCAGUUGUGCAAGUAACAGCAUGAUAAAUGAGUCGGGACCAUCAAACAGUACUAAUCCAAACAGUCAUAGUUUUGUUCAAAGUAGUCAGUACUCAGGUAUUGGCACUAUGCAAAAUGAGCAAUUAAGCGACUCCUUUGCAUAUGAAUUUUUUCAAGUAUAA